AUGGCUGCCGCUUUGGACCCGGAUGAUGUGCUUCGUUCUUCGGAAGGGAGAGAUAGUUACCAGCGUCUGGCUCGGCUUUUGAUAGGUGGAGGUACUGUGCUAUUGAGGGAAGCUUUUGACAUCAAAUGUCCACCAAGUAAUCUUUCCACAAUACUUCAGAAUCCAGCCACGAAGAAGCUACUUGAGAAACCAAAGCUUACCAAACCACAGAGGGACUGCCUGUACCCUUCCCCAGGGAUGUAUGGAAAGUCAACAGACUUUGAUAUAACUCUCCUUUUCCGGUUGUUGAGGACAGUAUGCGGCCUCACCCCUCCUGUCACGGGCUGGGAUGUGCUGCCAGCAAAUACAGAUGACAGUUUAGAAGCAGAUUUAGCUAGAAUCAAAUAUUACCGUAAUUCGAUGUAUGGUCAUGUGACCGAGAACAUGGAGAUCUCAGAUGACGAGUUUUCACGUCUUUGGAGAGAAAUCAGCGAGGCUCUGGUGAGAGUUGCGGGUCAAAUCAGCCCUGCAAAGGCAAAAGAAUGGCAGGAUGCUAUUGAUACAUUUUUAAAAGAUCCCCUCACAGAGGAAGACAAGAGACAUGAGCAGGAAUUGCAGCGCUGGUACCAGAAUGAUACAGAAGUAAAGGAAUACCUGGAAAAAGUAGAAUCUUCAAUGAAGCAUUUGGAGAAAGAAGCUUACUACUCAAGACAAGAAGUUCGAGAUGAAGCGCAAGACAUCAAAGAUCAGCUCGGAGGGAAAGUAGAAUCUACAGCCCAAGAAGUGAAGCGCUUAGGACAAGAAGUUCGAGAUGAAGCGCAAGACAUCAAAGAUCAGCUCGGAGGGAAAGUAGAAUCUACAGCCCAAGAAGUGAAGCGCUUAGGACAAGAAGUUCGAGAUGAAGCGCAAGACAUCAAAGAUCAGCUCGGAGGGAAAGUAGAAUCUACAGCCCAAGAAGUGAAGCGCUUAGGACAAGAAGUUCGAGAUGAAGCGCAAGACAUCAAAGAUCAGCUCGGAGGGAAAGUAGAAUCUACAGCCCAAGAAGUGCAGCGCUUGAGGCAAGAGUUCCGAGAUGAAGCCCAAGACAUCAAAGAUCGAUUAAAACUGGGUGUCCGACCCAAUUCCUCAGCUGGAGGUCAGCUUGUUGAUCUUUUUGUGUAUAUCUUUUACUAUGAAAGUGUUAUUCCCGUUACAUAGGCAUUUACGCGACGUAUCAGUGUUACCUGUACGGUGCACAUUGUUCACCUUUUUUGACAGAAAUGGCUUCGUAUAUUUUUGAAGCGGAGAAAUGUCAGUUAUUUAUCGUCUCUUGACUAUAGGCUGACGACCACUCAUACUAAUUUAACCAUUAAUUUCCUCUUUUGCCUCUGUUGUAGAUGGUUAGUCGCUGCAAUUACUGACACUUAUUCCCCUUACAGUUACAAUUCGAAUGCGGAUUGAUUGUGAGACCAUCCCAGACCUUCAUCCGCGACUUGAGACAUCAGAGACAGUGGUUAUAGCCAGUCAGGGUACCCGAGCUUGUGGUGACGAGCUGGUAGUUACUGGAACGUCAGAAGGAACGCCUGAAGACACACAGGAUACCCAGGCAAGAAGGCACGAGAUGGUAGCUACUGGAGUGAAGCGUAAGGCAGUGGAUCCUGUUGCAUCUGCUGGUCUACCACUCGCGGGAAGAACAGAAAGCGCCGAAGAAGCGGGUUCUCAAGGAGUUAUGAAUUUCAUUGCGCGCAAGUACUUUCAGACAGUUGACACAACCAAACCUGAGGAACGAAAUGAAUUUCUACGGUUUUUAGCAGAUGUGCGCAAAGUUCUGGUCCUGGAUGCUCAAUCAGGAAGUUUGAUAUUGACAUUACAAUGUAGAUCAUUGGAGAUACUGGAUGCCCUGUGGUAUGACUAUUGCACGGGUCACCUGAAUGAUAUGGCACAGAAACAUCUUGUGACAAAGGACGUUCUGAAGGAGUUUGAAUUGACGGAGCUGAAACUGAUAACAACUAUUCAGAGGGAGGAGUACAUGGCUGCACGAAAGUAUUUCCUGCAGGGUUCAGGUGAGCACAUACAAAGUGUUUCAGAGAGCUGUCUUUAACCAAAUAAAUAGGGCAUCGUCUUCGUCAAUGCUAUAAAACACGUUAGCAGAGGUUUGCAUGCUAUGUUUUUUUAUGCCCCCUCAAGGAUGUUUUCAAAUUUGUUAUUUCACCAAAUUCAGACAGGUAUCAUUUAAGAAAUUUAAUUAUCGGAUCUUGAGCUCUCUCUAUGUAAUAGAGAGAUGGGGAUUGAGGACGGAGGGAGGCGAUGAGAGACGACCCCACGACCUCUUGACAUUUUUAGGAAAUUGAUCCAACUCUUGUAUCUUGGGCCAACCCAAAGUAGUAAAUAUCCCUUCAAGCCAAUAAUUUAACAUUAAUUUAACUCUUUAAAUAGCCGACUGAGAAAUGUAUGGUCAUCAGUUUUCAGAAGUGUUCUCUAUAGAUUCCCAACUCGUUUUGGGAGUAACUGAAACGAUGGAAAAAUACUUUACAGAGACAGCUUGAAUUUAUUUGUGAUGUAUAAAGCUCACUAUAAUCAGUCACCUGGCCAAUUGAUUAGGGCGUCUGGUGAUGUUACCUGCUAUAUCAUCUCUUUCCCUUUAAAUUUGUUUUCAGAUCAUGGUCCACUCGGUAUGAUAAGUAGCAGAAGUAUCGCAACCGGCCAAGAAUCGACUUCCUGUGGAAAGCUCCACGAUAUUGCACUAGGAACAAUGAAAAAAGGUUCAGUUGGCUCACGGGAGAGUCCGCUUCAAAAAAUUGAAGGAGUCCCAGACGAUAUCCCUGUUUUCAAUGUUGAAGUGGAGGGAGAUCCUACCCCUAAAAUGUCCUCAAGGCCACCACAACACCUAAAUCUUCGAGGUGGCGGGCAAAUCUUUAUAAAAACAACGACUGGAAAGACAAUCACUUUGGGGUUGGAUCUCGAAACAGACACCACAGAGAAAGUGAAAAAGAAAAUUCAAGAUAAAGAAGGGAUACCGACGGAUCAGCAACGUCUUAUCUUUGGCGGGCAGCAAUUGGAAGAUGGCCGUUGUCUGAGUGAUUACAAUGUUCCGAAAGAAGCGACUCUUCACUUGAUUUUAAGACUUCGUAGUGGCAUGCAAAUCUUUGUAAAAACAAUGACUGGAAAGACGAUCACUUUGGAAGUGGAAUCGUCAGACACCAUUGAGAGAGUAAAAAGAAAAAUUCAAGACGAAGAAGGAAUCCCACCGGAUCGGCAAUGUAUUGUCUUUGCCGGGAAGGUAUUGGAAGAUGGCCGUUGUUUGAGUGACUACAAUGUUCCGAAAGAAGCGACUCUUUACUUGAUAAGACUUCGUAGUGACAUGCAAAUCUUUAUAAAAACAUUCACUGGAAAGACGAUCACUUUGAAAGUGGAACCGUCCGGAAGCAUUAAGAAAGUGAAAACAAAAAUUAAAGACAUGGAAGGAAUCCCACUGGACCAGCAACGUCUUAUCUUUGACGGGAAGCAAUUGAAAGAUGGCCGUUGUCUGAGUGACUACAAUGUUCCGAAAGAAGCGACUCUUCACUUGGUAAUGAGACUUCGUAGUGGCAUGCAGAUCUUUGUAGAAACAUCGACUGGAAAGAAAAUCACCUUGGAAGUGGAACCAGCAGACACCAUUGAGAAUGUGAAAACAAAAAUUCAAGACAAAGAAGGAAUCCCACCGGAUCAGCAAUGUCUUAUCUUUGCCGGGAAGGUAUUGGAAGAUAGCCGUUGUCUAAGUGAUUACAAUGUUUGGAGAGAAUCGACUCUUCACUUGGUUUCAGGACUUUAUAAUGGCAUGCAAAUCUUUGUAAAAACAUUGAGUGGAAAGACGAUUACUUUGGAAGUGGAACCGUCAGACACCAUUGAGAAUGUGAAAACAAAAAUUCAAGACAAAGGAGGAAUCCCACCGGAUUACCAGUGUCUUAUCUUUGCCAGGAAGGUAUUGGAAGAUGGCCGUUGUCUGAGUGAUUACGAUGUUCGAAGAGAAUCGACUCUUUACUUGGUUUUCAGAGUUCCUAGUGGCAUGCAAAUCUUUGUGAAAACAUUGACUGGAAAGACGAUCACUUUGGAAGUAGAAUCGUCAGACACCAUUGAGAAUGUGAAGACACAAAUUCAAGACAAAGAAGGAAUCCCUCCGAAUCAGUACCAUUUAUGCUUCAAUGGUCAGCUACUUAACGGUAAACGUACUCUGAUUGAUUACAGUGUUCCGAAAAAAGCGACCCUAGUUUUAAAACCUCGUUGUAACAUACUUAUCUUUGUAAAGACUCUCACAGGAAAAAUCCUUGCUCUAGACGUGGAGCCUUCAGAUACGAUUAAGAAUGUGAAACGGAAAAUUCAGGACAAAGAGGGUAUCCCACCAAGCCAGCAACAUCUGAUCUUUAGGAGGCAAGAACUGAAAGACCACCAAACGUUAGAUGAAUACAAAGUCACAGAUAAAUCUUCUGUACAUUUGCGACUCGAAGACGAACUUGAUAGAAUACUUAUCAAUGUGGAGUUUCCUAGUGGAAGGAAGAUUUUUAUAAAUGUUUCACCAAGGGAUGAUUUUGAGAGCGUGAGAAAGAUAAUCUAUAAUAGAGAAGGGAUUCCAGUUGAUCAACAACGCCUCAGCUUUGUUGGCAAAGAAGUUGUAGACGACCACCUUCCUCUGAGUGAGUACGACAAUCAGAUUGAAUUAUCUCUGCAACUGGAUGUGAAACAACAAAAAAAUGAAUUCCUGCUUCAGGUGAAGACACGAUCUGGAAAAACAAAUAUCAAAAUUGAAGCUGUAUCGGGAGAUACCAUCCAGGAUGUGAAAAAGAAAAUAACUGAAGAGAUUGGAAUACCGCCAAAUCAUCAACUACUUAUGUUUAACAGUAAGGAAAUUGAAGAUGAACGCCGCUCGCUGGAAAGCUACGAUAUCAACAGCGACUCCAUCAUUGAACUGGUUAUUAGAAGAACACAUGACAACGAAAGGCAUAUUUACGCAUAA